CAAGUGCCCCAGCUCCGAAUUCACCAUGAUAAAGGUAAACAAGCUGGAGUCCCUAGGUGUUCUGAGAGGGUCGUUUUCAAUCGCACCAUCAUGGAAAAUCCUACUGUUGUAUACAAAAACGUCGACAAAUUCUGCUUCGAUGACGCAAACAUUAUCCUCUACGUGCAACAAGACAACCCAGAGGAUCAUACCGUAAUCAAUCACUUGUUCCGCGUCCACAAGGCAAUUUUAUCCCUACAUUCACGCGCGUUCGGGAGCAUGUUUCUGGUGCCCACGCCGCCUGUUGGUUGCCAUUCUCAGCAAAUUCAUGACGGCCUCUUAAUGUGUCCCAUGUUCGAUGACCUGAAGGAUGUGACAGACCUUCUUCAAACAUUUUAUUACCCCUGCUCAUCCGCUAUAAUCAUUCCUCCACACGUUUCUGAUACACCUAUCAGACUCAGGGGUCUCCUCCAUAUCGCUCGGAAAUAUCAAGUCGACAGGCUUUACGAGCAUAUCGUGACAUCAAUCAAGGCAGAUUGGCCUCAGACACUCCCGAGAUGGGAUUUUAUGGACGCCAUGGAUAUAGAGAGGAUGAUUAAGCCCCAUACAACUAUACCGUGGGAUCCAGAACUCGAGGAUCAACAGAAAAUGUUAGAGCCUGCUGCAGCGAUUCACAUCGCCCACGAGUUCAACAUUCCAGAAAUUCUACCCGCUGCGUUUUACCAUCUUGCCCGCAUCAAGAUAUCAUGUGACUAUGAUGAAGUGCGCCAGAACCUCUGUCCCAAAAGUGAGCACGCAGCUCGUUGGGGUAUGCUUACGUGGGAGGACUUGGCUUGUCUCUUGCAUGGCAAGGAGGAGAUGGAAAGCAUCAUGCAUGAUUUUGUGGGCAGAACACGCUGUACCAGUGGUUGCAGUUGUAAAUGGCAAGAAUCGCGUCUAGCGAUGGACUACGAACACGAUUCUUUGAAGGCGCUGAGGAACAUUGCGAGCAUUGAAGCAUGUAAAAUGUGCUGGGAUUGCCGUCGGUCUCUACUGACCCGUGCGGCGGCGCAAAGGGAGGAAAUUUGGUCUAGAUUAUCAGAGAUAUUCCACCUGCCUGUGGCUACACCAUGA